CUCACCGGCAGUAAGUCGCUUGUGUUUGCAGUGUCCUCACAGGAGCACUACUAGUGAAGAGUGAUCAAGACGGCCUGCUGAGUGCUUUAUACAGCUUGAUCCUCAGGAGAAGACAUAUUCGGCAUUACUUUUGGACUCACACGUUUGUUGACAAAUACCAAGACGUCGAGGAAGAUGAUGAAGUUGGCUGUGUUGUUGGCCAUGGUGGGCGCCGCCCUCACCGCUCCCCAAGGGUUUAAUCCCGAAGCCGAGGUGAUCUCUGUGGAUCCCAGGGACCAGGGGCGCGGGCCUACUGACGGAGGAGAUGGAUUCUUCGAGAUCAUUCCUUUUCGGCCCGGUCAGGGAGAGUCCAUAAUUAGGACACUCCUAAGAGAACUGUUUGGUGUGAGAAGAACACCUGAGACAGAAGGCGUGGCACCCUCUGACACUGAUCCCACUACUGACGACUUUCCGCUGGUUAUCUUCGACGUUCCGUUCUUUACCGACGUCUCCUUCCCGAGCUUCGAUUCAGAUGGCUUCCCGGGCUUUGACGUGGACCUGCCCAGCGAUCUUCCACCCAACUAUGACAACUCUACCCACGAGGUGAAGGUUGUAAACGGCUCCCGUGUGGAGGUGAACAGCACCAUCAGCAAGACGACUCAUGAAGGUGGAGUGGUCGUGGUUCACACCCACAUCGUCAGAAAGCUACCAGAAGACUCAGGCACCGAGGAUUCUGUCCCUACUGCCGGCGAUGAUGCCCAAGAACCUGCUGCAGGAGAGAACGAACAACCAGCUGAAGGCGAGGCAGCAGAACAGCCCAACGUCGCAGACAACCAGGUGCAACCCUACGAGGAUUUCGGGUUUGUUUCUCGAGUCCCAACAUCUCGUAAUCGCCGAUGGAUUCUGAAUUGGCUCUCCAACACCUUCAAGCGUUCCCCCUCCCCCAUCAACACCAACACCCUGGACGACAACACCCACCGCUACCACCAUAAUAACCAAUACGAUAACACCCUCUUCGGUAACACCCACCACGACAACACCCACCACGACAACACCCUCUUCGACAACACCCACCACGACAACACUCUCUUCGGCAACACCCACCACGACAACACCCUCGAACUCCCUAACGACAAGGACGCCUACGAAUUCAACCCUGAACCAGUACCUGAGGUGGCAAGGGAGUUUGAAACCGCCCACGACGAAGCCUUCACGCCCACCUCCAACGAUAUUAUCCCCAUCAGGAACCAUGACGACAUCGCCGUUAACUACAUCGGUGCUUUUCCUCGUCCAGCCAACCCUGAUGCCGAGAUAUUUGACAUCGAUCUUAUUAGAGAAAAUGAGCGCCAGUUCUUCGAGGGGCGAUCCCAGCCAAUAAGAUCACAGCCACUUAUGUCCCAGCCAAUAAGAUCACAGCCACUUAUGUCCCAGCCAAUGCGAUCAGAACCAAUCAUGUCCCAGCCAAUGAGAUCACAACCAAUCAUGUCCCAGUCAAUGAGAUCACAACCAAUCAUGUCCCAGUCAAUGCUAUCAGAGCCAAUCAUGUCCCAGCCAAUGAGGUCACAGCCAAUCAGGUCACAACCCAUUAGAUUAUAAAAUCCCCCUUCCUCCCUUCCUCUUCCGUACAAAAACCCACAAGAAAACAUAUCAGUGUUCCUAUCCCACAAAACCUCUCCCUCCCUACCCCCCCCCCCUCCCAUAACCCUUACCAAAAAAACCCAACAGUUGCCAAAUGUAAGCUUUACGUCACCAAGAUUCCCUCGUGUGUUAGCAAGUGUUUGCUCGAUCGUAUUUGGCUUCAUCCUUCGUUAUAUUCAGGUUAAUUCGUGAAGGAGCAGCUUUAGGUAAUAGUUUAGAAGUGUGGUGCUUGGAUGAUGUGUCGGUACAACUGGGUGGUAUUGACAGCCAUCCAGAAUCACACACUCAUACACAUAAAACAUACACGGACUGAAACAUACUUAAAUACACUCAAAAUACAAUACAUACCCACACACUUACUGUAUACUGAAACACACAUAUACACCCAUACACUCCUACAAUACUCAUCUGUACAAUGAAAACGCGAUGUAUAAUGUAUAGAAUAUAUGUAUAGAUUAAAAGAAUUAUUGUGUAUGGAUCUUGUAAUGUAUUUUUUAUUCAUCUGUUUAUGUAAGGUAAAUAUUCAUAAAAAUUCUAUGUUUUACGUUAGAUACACACUUUGUUUACCAGCUCCUACUGCCUAUAUAAAAUACCAAAGACUAUGAGCCUAUACUUAUUCUCUAGGCUAAAUUUUGUUUCAACUUUUGUCUAGAUGUAAUUGUGUGAAUGACUGUCUGGAUAGUGUUUACUAUUUAUGUAUUAUUAUUAUUUAAUAAAUGAACUAGUUUUGGUA